AUGUUUUUCAUCUUAUUACUGAUUUUUCUAAUCUGUCUGCUUUUAAUCCUCGUACCAUUCCUUCUCAUUCGUUUGAUAUCUUCGACUUCUACAGAAAACUAUGGUAAUUGUCUUCUAGUUAUCGCGCAUCCAGAUGACGAAUGUAUGUUUUUUUCACCAACAUUGUUAUCUCUUCGUUCGGAUUUUUAUGUCCUUUGUCUUUCCAAUGGAAACAAUCAUCGAUCGGAUGAAUUACGUCGUUCAUGUCUUCAACUUCGAGUGAAAGACUUGAAGAUUAUUGAUGAUCAGAUUUACCUGAAAGAUAGUCAAAGUGUUGAUUGGUCUUCCGAUGCAAUUUUAGGUCAUGUGAAACAAUCAAUACGACAAUGGAACAUUUCAACAAUCAUUUCAUUUGAUCAAUAUGGUGUUAGCGGCCAUCGGAAUCAUUCGUCGCUCUAUUAUGCUUUGGUAAAACUGUCUCCGACUGAUCAAAUCAGAUUUUUUGCACUACAAUCUUAUCCAAUUUAUCGAAAAUAUUUGACUUUAGUGGAAUUUUUACGAGUUCGAUUUUCAUCGAAACCAACAGGAAUCACAAUAUUUAUCUUACCUGGAAAAGACUGUUUUACGCCAUAUAAAGCGAUGUUUGAACACCGAUCUCAACUCGUCUGGUUUCGUUAUCUAUAUUUACUCUUUUCUCAAUAUUUAUGGAUUAAUAAUUUGAAAAGAGUGUAUUGA